AUGUUGGGCGUGGCGAUGAAGGGACGCUGCCGCCGCUUUUACUCCGCGCCGGAAGUGGCGUCACUCCGCGGCGCCAGCGAUCCCCGGCGGCGACGACAGGUGGAGGCGUCCCGGAAGAAGCGCGUCCAGGCCCGGCUCGCCCGUGUCGGGAUCAAGAAGGACCCGGGGGUGCCGCAGCUCGGCCGCUUCGCCGCCUUCGCGCAGAAACAGCAGAGCGAGACCCGGCAGAGACGGCCGCUGACGGGGCAGCAGCGUUCGCACCUGGCCGUGCAGCUGGCGGAUGCUCUGCAGCGACAGCAGCGCUUCCAGAGCCAGGAGAAGGAAGAGAAGGAGGAGGAGCCCCCCCAGCCCCCCCAGGAUGAGGCGUCGCUGCGCCAGUUCGGGCGGGAGCUGCGCAAGGUGCUGACGGCGUCUGACGUGGUGCUGGAGGUGCUGGACGCCCGCGACCCCCAGGGCUGCCGCAGCCCCCGGCUCGAGGGGGCCCUGCGGCCGCAGCAGCGCCUCGUGCUCGUCCUCAACAAGAUCGACCUGGUGCCGCGGGACGUGGUGGCCGCGUGGCUGAAGCACCUGCGGGACGAGUUCCCCACCGUGGCCUUCAAGGCGUGCACGCAGCAGCAGAGCCGACGCCUGAAGCAGAGCCGGAUGGCGGCGGACACGGCCCCCCAGGACGUGCUGGCUGCGGGGGGCUGCGUGGGGGCCGAGACCCUCCUGCACAUCCUGAGGAACUACGGCCGCUGCGGGGAGGGCAGGAGCUCCAUCACCGUGGGGGUCGUGGGGUACCCCAACGUGGGCAAGAGCAGCCUCAUCAACAGCCUGAAGCGCAGCCGCGCCUGCGGGGUGGGGGCCAUGCCCGGGGUCACCAGGCCCCGCCCAGGUGUGGUGGGUGUGGCACAGACCCCGCCCAGGUGUGGUGGGUGUGGCACAGACCCCGCCCAGCUGUGGCACUCCCCCCCCGCCCCCAGGUGCCUGCAGGCCGUGCAGCUGGACGGGCACAUCCGGCUCCUGGACUGUCCAGGUGUGGUGCUGGACUCGGGGGACCCCCCGGCCGCCGCCCCUCUGAGGGGGGCCCUGGCCCCCCAGCGCCUGCGGGACCCCCUGACCCCCGCCUGCGCCAUCCUGUGCCGCUGCCCCCCCCAGCAGCUGAGCCAGCUCUACGGGGUCCCCCCCUGCAGUGACCCCCUGCAGUUCCUGGCCCACCUGGCCCGGCGGCAGGGCCGGCUCCGCCCGGGGGGGCUCCCGGACGCCCACGCCGCCGCCACGGCCCUGCUGCACGACUGGACCAGUGGGAAGAUCUCAUACUACACCCACCCCCCCAAAUCUCGGGGGGUGCAACUCGAGGCCCAAAUCCUCCCAGCGCUGGGGCCGGCGCUGGACCUGGAGGCUCUGGAACGGGGCGACGCCGAGGCCCUGGCAGCUGUCCCGGUGACGGUGACGGGGCUGGGGCUGUCCCCGGAGGAGGAAGAGCAAGGAGAAGCCAUGGAGGACGACAGCGGCGGCCUGGAGCUCGGCACGAUGACGGUGGAGCUGAAGCCCCGGGUGAAGUCGGGGGGCUCGGGGGGGGAGUCGCUGCCCCCCGCCCCCAGCCUGGAGGAGGUGGCUGCGCUCCCUGCUCUGUUCCAGGGGCAGGGCCUGAAGGCAGCUGGAAAAAGGAGGAAAAAACUUCAAAAAAGAGCACAGAAAAUCGCCACGAAGCUGUCGGAGACGUUGGAGGCGGCCAUGCAGUUCUGAGCAUCCACAAAUGGAAUGAAAAUAAAUAUAAAUAAAUUUUUAAAUUUAUUUAAA